AUUUAACCCGACCUAUUGAAGCGAGAAGGGAAGACAGCAGAUGAAAGAAUGAACACGUAAAUCUGAGAUCGAUCUCCGACGCUUCCAUCGAUGCGCUCCGAAGGCAGGAGGAGGAAGAAGAAGAAGAAUUAUUCCCAGAAGAAGGAAUUUUGGAUGAUUCCUUCGAACCCUAACCCUAAUAGGUAUUUUCUGUAGAAUGCAACCGAAGCGGAGGCCCCUCCUUCCGCUCCUUUUCUUCCUCUCCUUCGCCGCCCUCCUCCUCCUCUUCUCCUUCCACUCCACCACAUCCUCCUCCUCCCGUUCCUCCCUCCUCCUCUCAGAAAACCAUAAUCCUAAUCCUCGCUUCACUUUCAUCAUCGAACUCCUCACAUUCGACCGCAUCGACUCACUCCGCCGCUGCCUCCGCUCCCUUGCCGCCGCCGACUACGCUGGCGACCGCGUCCACCUCCACGUCCUCGUCGACCACUUCCGCCCCGCCAAUGGAUCGUCCGCCCCCUCGGUCGACCGCAAGCUGGAGGAGUCGCGCCGGAUCCUGGAUCUUAUCGACCGGUUCCGGUGGGUCCACGGGGAGAAGAUCGUUCACUACCGGACGGCCAACGCCGGGCUCCAGGCCCAGUGGCUGGAGGCCUGGUGGCCGAGCUCCGACGACGAGUUCGCUUUCGUGGUGGAGGAUGACCUCGAGCUGUCGCCGCUGUACUAUAAGUUCCUGAAACGGCUGAUCUUGAAGUACUACUACGACCCGGCGAACUACGAUGCGUCCAUCUACGGGGCAUCGCUGCAGCGGCCGAGGUUCGUUGCUGGUAAGAAAGGAAACAAGUUGCAACUGAGCAGUGAAACACACAUUUUCUUAUACCAGAUGGUUGGCACAUGGGGUCAGCUUCUUUUUCCAAAACCUUGGAAGGAAUUCCGUCUGUGGUAUGAUGAACAUAAAGCCAAAGAAAUCAAACCAAUCCUGCAAGGCAUGGUGACUACAGGAUGGUACAAAAGGUUUGGUGAGAGAAUAUGGACUCCUUGGUUCAUCAAAUUCAUUCAUUCACGUGGGUACUACAAUCUUUACACAAACUUUAAGCAAGAAAGAGCCCUUAGCAUCUCUCACAGGGAUGCAGGUGUAAACUAUGGGAAGACGGUUGGUCCUGAUUCGAGUUUGUUGGUGGAUGAAUCUCUUGAUUUCAGUCUAACAGAACUGCCACCGUUAAGGAACUUAAAAUGGUACGAUUUCUGUUUUGCGGAGACACAUCCAGGAAGAAUUGUUAGUAACUUUGAUCAACUCAGAUCUAUACUUCACUCUUUGAAGCAGAAAACAAUAUUUGUAAUAAGUUUGUACCAGACAACAGAAAGGAUUGCUAGAAACUUGAUCUGCAACCUUGAAAAUGUUGGUUUGGUAAACUUCAUUCUCCUUGGUGGCUCUCCAGAGUUAUUGAUUGACCUUGCCAGGAGAGGAUAUCCUGUAGUUGAUACAAGUCAGUUGGUUUCUAGCAUUAGACAAGUCAAGUCAAUAGAUCUUGAACAUGAAACAGACAUCAUAAAAGAGAUCUGGAUCAAAGCCACUACAGUUCAAAAGUGCCUGGAAUUUGGUUAUGACUUGUGGUUGAUCGAUGGCAAUAUGAUUCCAGGUAGUGGUUUUUUACCUGAGCUGCCAAAUCCCUCAUAUGACUUUGCUAUUGCAAAAAAUGCAGAGCUGUUGUUCGUGAAGAGCUCUCCAUCUUCUUUGAAAACAUGGAAUGAUGAUUAUAUCCACAAGGUGGCAGCAGAGUGCAAGUCCCUGACUGGAACCAAUUCUCCGGAAAUGGAACACAAGAAUUUUGCAUAUCUUGCUAUGAGAGGUUUAGAUGAGAAUGCUGGUGCGAGGCUAUGGAGACUUGAUGACCCAGAUAUUGGUGUGAAAUUAGGAUAUGAUACCAUGAACCAUACGGAAAGCAAACUGAAUAUGGUCUUUUGGGAUCAGGAGAUGGCAUUAACUUCAGUACAGAGGGAACUGGACAGAUCAGGUUUGUGGUUGAUCGAUGUGGAUUCUUCAUGUGUUUCUGUUGUUUGCCAUAAGAGAUAGAAGCCAGUUUCAAUUAUAUUUUGUUUGUUAUCUUAUUCUUUGCAUGCAAAGGAAUAUGGAUUGUCAUUUGCAAUCUCCUCUUCGGCCUGGUGUAUCAGGAUAUUUGGUACACCCGACCUAGUCUAUGAAUGCUUGUUAGAGAAAUCAGAUCAGGGUACUACAUAGUGGCCAAGAACAUGCACACAUGGUUACUCUUGAUUUGAGGAUCAUAGCAUGCAACUGCUAAUAAGACCAGGCCUUAGGGGUGGAGUUCAGCUUCACCAUAUUUAUCUUUGUAGGUCUCCAGUGCAUCCUCAGGGGGACCAAGAAUAUGAACCAAGCUAUCGACAACAGAGUUCAUACAAGGGUUAUUGCCUCCCAAAUUGUGUAGUUGAACAGGGGCAAUCUUUUUCUCUCACAAGAAACACUGCCCAAUUCUUGGUGGGUAGGAGGAGCACCAGCAUUUGUGCACACCCACCACUUCAGUCAUAAUUGUUGAAUUUUAGCAGCAUGUAGUACUAAACAAUGGCUCGUAUCAAUUUCAUGUAUGGAUUGUCUCCUUGAUGUUUUCUCCCUUGUUUGGUAAAAGUGCCUUUUUUAGAGAGAAAAUGUUCAAUGAAGUCAUAACUCUGCUAGUGAACAUUUACCAGUUGUCCACCUACCCCUCAACUGUUUGAAUGAUUGAAUGACAACAAAGUGGUCUGAAGUGCUUUAGUAUA